CCUUGUUGUGGGAGGUGGAACCUACAACCGCCCGAACAGUAAAACUGACCCUACACCCUGGGCAGCGUGAUCGUUAUAUCACAGUAUGGUUCCUUGUAAUUACAUGGCGAUGUAACAGUUGGUCGUUGGUCAUCAUGGAUAAUAAAUAGCAAGUUGAAGCAUACCAGGACGAUCAACUAGACGUGUGAAAAGAUUAUUUCCCCGUCACCUACUGGUCGACUUAAAUAAUUUCCUCGUUCUAUCUGUACUCAUCUGUUCUGAGGACAACAGUGACAACAUGUCAGCUAAUUUGCCAAGUUGCCAGUGUGGGGUGUCGGCUCGAUUUGUUAAAGGUGGUUGUCCGGACUCGUUCAGCACGAUAUACACGGCUCUCCUUGUGUAUAUAGCACUGUGUGUUGCGGCAGCUGUGGUUCUCGGAGGGUGGGUGAUCAGAGACUCCAGUUUAGGCAAGAGAAUUCCAUGCCUCUAUCGGAAAAGUGCCCGAGGAGACGAUGGGUUCGAAGUAACGGAGGACGGUCCAUGUACAAGCGAAGACGAUGUGUCAGAGGCAGGAAUGGUUGUCUCGAAUGACGCAGUAUGUGCGGGAGGAAGAGCGAACAAUGCAUUGUAAUGGCUAUCAUAUUCAUGCAUUGCGGGUAGCUAUUGAUUAGCAGCAAAUCCCUCACGUAGAUGUUCCGUUCUAGUCACACUUGAAUAGUGUUACUGACGAAUGUAUGUUUUAAGGAACCAUAAGAAUUAUUUUUUUUCAACUAAGAAAAUAUUUCAUUAAAGGCAAAACAGGUAUUAUUGGUGAAAAAGCUACAAAUUCGUAGUCUCCUUUUGAUUUGUAUACAUUUGGUCUCAUGUAUACUGUGGCUUUAAGGAAAUAAAAUGUUUUGAUAUGAGA